GAUUCUCAGCUCACACAGGCGGGGGAAAAAAGGGUGGCCUUCCUAGGCUGGAGCUCGCUCUAUGCCGGCGGCGGGCUAGCUGAGAUUGACUGGGGGACAUUUACGGACCGAAGGACACUCAAGGCAGUCAGGGAGGAGAACUCCAGGCCGAGACACCCUUGUGAGCAAAGUCACGGGAACUGUGGAAGAAGAUCUCCAAGGGAGCAUGAGUAAUGAGAAAAAUUAGUUGCCAGCACAACGAUAUUUUAUGCUAAAAUGGAUCAAGAAGUUGGUGAGCCCCCGAAAGACCUGGACACCCAGACACACUUGACAAAGGACGUUCCUGAAGCCAAGAAAUGCACAGUGAUCGGAGGCUCUGGAUUCCUCGGACAGCACAUGGUGGAGCAGCUGCUGGCAAGGGGCUACACUGUCAAUGUAUUCGAUAUCCGCCAAGGGUUUGAUAAUCCCCAGGUGCAGUUCUUUCUGGGCGACCUCUGCAACCAACAGGACCUGUACCCAGCUCUGAAAGGCGUAAACACAGUUUUCCACUGCGCUUCGCCCCCACCAUCCAGUAACAACAAGGAACUCUUUUAUAGGGUGAAUUACCUUGGCACCAAGAAUGUCAUUGAAACUUGCAAAGAAGCUGGGGUUCAGAAACUCAUUUUAACCAGCAGUGCCAGUGUCGUCUUUGAGGGCAAUGACAUCAAGAAUGGAACUGAAGACCUCCCUUAUGCCGUGAAACCCAUUGACUACUACACAGAGACUAAGAUCUUACAAGAGAGAGCAGUCCUGAGUGCCAAUGAUCCUGAGAAGAAUUUCUUAACCACAGCAAUCCGCCCUCAUGGCAUUUUCGGACCCAGGGACCCACAGUUGGUCCCCAUCCUCAUUGAGGCAGCCAGGAAUGGCAAGAUGAAGUUUAUGAUUGGGAAUGGGGAGAACUUGGUGGACUUCACCUUCGUUGAGAACGUGGUCCAUGGACACAUCCUGGCUGCAGAACACCUCUCCAAAGAUGAAGCCCUUGGUGGGAAGGCCUUUCACAUUACCAAUGAUGAACCCAUCCCUUUCUGGAUGUUCCUGUCACGCAUCCUGACAGGCCUCAAUUAUGAGGCCCCCAAGUACCACAUCCCCUACUGGGUGGCCUACUACCUGGCCCUCCUACUGUCCCUGCUGGUGAUGAUCGUCAGUCCUGUCAUCCAGCUGCAGCCCACAUUCACACCAAUGCGGGUCGCGCUGGCUGGCACAUUCCACUACUACAGCUGCGAAAGAGCCAAAAAGGCCAUGGGCUAUCGGCCCCUGGUCACCAUGGACGACGCUGUGGAGAAGACUGUGCAGAGCUUCCACCACCUACGGAGAGUCAAGUGAGGGACCUGGGACCGAUAACUGUCUCCCCUGUGGGCCAAUGAACUAACAGCUUUCAAAUGAGUUUUUCUGAGUGUAUGACUCUUCCUGAUGGUUCGAUGAAAGCACACCUGCCCCUUGUAUGACUUUGAGGGUGGCAAAAACAACAGAUAUUCCUUCCUUCAUAGGACUGGACUUAAAUGUCUUAAGCAGGCAGCUUCAUAUUCUACUGUUUUGUUCUCGCUCCCUAUUUCUCUCCUGAAUUUCCUAUCACAGAGAACACCUUGGAAGUCACCCAUUUCAUUCCAGUGUCAUUUUACAUAGUCAAGGCAGUUAUAAGGAAUAAACAACCCAUCUACUGAUUUAGGGUGGGUAACCAAAUUUGUUCCCAUGCAAACCAAUACUAGCUUACAAACUGCUAGACUAUUGAAGGGACUAUUAGAAGAAAAGCAGAAGUUGUAAACACCUGGGUGAGACUUCAGAUAUACAUUGCAUCUGACACAGUUUAGAGCAAAAUAUUUAAAGAAAGAAAAAACACAAGCUUAAAUGUGAUCCUCCUAAUCCCUGGGGAUGAGGAUUCCUGGGGGGGAAAGCAUUGCUGGUUGUUCGCUUCCUUACAACCUUUCCUAUUGGUCUGUCCAUCUGUGCUUCUCUUUAUGAAUAGGGUCUUAUUGUCAUUUCUAGUGACAACAUAGUGAAGUGGCCCAGUGACAUGCUAUGUUAACUUUUUAGUUCCUAUCUUAAUGUGGGAACUGGGGCUGAUUGGCAGUGACCAGAGAGGAGAGAGCCACCUUUAUCUCCUUGGGGUUUUCGCUACUGAAAGGGCUACUUCCUGCUCUCGCAUGCAUAGACUCCUUCUAGUCAAUUUCCAAAGGACAUGUAGUAGUCCAGCCUUCUUUAAUUCCUGAUGAUGGUCUUACAGAACCUGGUUUCUUCUCAGAUUAACUGAAAUGUAAUUUUUAAGAAUUCUUUUUAUCCACCUGUGCCCAAGGACAGGGAGAUAGCUGGCAACAUUGCAAUAAAAUGACAGUCUGAUGCAA